CAUGUUGAAUUUUGUUCAAUUUUCAAGACAGUUGCACAAAACUUCUAAUGUCAAAGGAACAAAUUGAUGAUAUUGUGGAUAUGUAAAUAACAGUCUAACUAAAUAAUGGGUGAUUCAGAUAGUGAAGAUAGCGAAGGUGAGGGUGGUUUGGGAAAUGUCUCUCGUGUUAUUAUACGUCCUCCAGGAGUCAGCGGCAAAGCCAAAAGAGGUCAUUUGUGUUUUGAUGCCGCCUUUGAAACCGGAAAUCUGGGUAAAGCAGAUUUGUUGGGUGAAUUUGAAUAUGAUUUAUUUCUACGGCCGGAUACUUGUAAUCCACGUUAUCGUUUUUGGUUUAAUUUCACUGUGGACAAUGUUAAACAAGAUCAAAAAGUUAUAUUUAAUAUAGUAAAUAUGUGUAAAUCACGAAAUCUUUUCAAUGCUGGCCUAACACCUAUAGUCAAGUCAUCAUCUCGUCCAAAAUGGCAAAGAUUACCUAAGAAAAAUGUUUUCUACUAUCGAUCACCUUUACAUCAAAAUCAUUAUGUUUUAAGUUUUGCUUUUGCAUUCGAUAAAGAAGAUGAUGUCUAUCAGUUUGCUUUAGCACCGCCCUACAGUUAUUCCCGUAUGCAAGCGUACCUGAGUGUCAUAGAAAAUCGUCAGCAACAAGGUGAAAAAAAAUUCACUAGAACACUAUUGACCAAAAGUUUGCAAAAUCGCAAUGUUGAUUUAAUAACCAUUGAUCAUGUUAGUGGUAAAACGAAAACAAAUCGUAUUGAUCGCAGUUUUAUACGUGUCAUUAUUAUUUUAUGUCGUUCUCACGCCAACGCUAGUCCUGCUUCAUUUAUGUGCCAAGGUUUUCUGGAAUUUUUAUUAAGUAAUCAUAAUAUCGCUAAAGUAUUAAGAGAAAAUUUUGUUUUCAAAAUUGUGCCAAUGGUUAAUCCGGAUGGUGUAUUUUUGGGUAACAAUCGUUGUAAUCUUAUAGGCCAAGACAUGAAUCGUGUGUGGCAUGUUGCCACUGAAUUUUCUCAUCCUGAAAUUUAUGCUAUUAAGAAUAUGUUAAAGGAAAUUGAUAAUUCAGAUUCAUAUCAAAUAGAUUUUGUUAUAGAUUUGCAUGCUCACACAAGUCUACAUGGUUGUUUUAUAUAUGGCAAUACAUACGAAGAUGUCUAUCGCUAUGAACGACAUUUAGUAUUUCCUCGACUCUUUGCAGCAAAUGCCCCCGAUUAUGCGGCCAAUAAUAUGAUGUUUAAUACCGAUGAAAAGAAAUCAGGUUGUGCUAGACGUUUCUGUUGUGAACGUUUAAGUGAUACAGUGAAUGCAUACACCUUGGAAAUAUCAAUGGGUGGUCAUUAUUUAAAAGAUGGCAAAACAGUGGCCUUGUAUAACGAAGAGGGUUAUUACAGGUGUGGUCGUAAUUUAGCUAGAACAUUUUUACAGUACUAUCGUUUCAUAAAUGUUUUACCCGUGGUUUUGCCUAUCGAUGUGCGUCAGAAGAAAAGACGUCCUAGGACACAUCAGUCUCGCUCCAGAUCUAAGACACGUUAUGAAGUUAAACCCCGGCCUAAAACCACGCGAUGUUAUGCACCAAUUUCUUAUACAAAUCUUUCUAUAUGUUACGAUUCUGGUGGUUCCUCAGAUGAGGGUGGCUUUUCGCCAACUCGCCCCUUAGCUCCCGGUAGUAGUCAUUUUAGUGGUUAUCGCAACUAUCGUCGUGUGGCCAGCAGUACUUUACCUUCCAUACAAACACCUCAUGAUCAAUUUUCUUUAAUGCGUUUAAAAUCGGGUAAAUUUGAUUUAACUCAAGAUUCUUUGUCGCCAGAAUAUGGUCGUAAAUCGAAUUCUCCGGAAAAACAAAUUAAAUUCGAAUUACCCGUGAAUGUACCUCCUAAACCGUAUCUUUCAAUAAUCGAUUUAAAUCAAUUGACCAGGGGAAGUUUAAAAGUUAAAGCAACAAGUUUUGAUGGUUGAAUAAAAUAUAUAAAUAUCUGAGAAUAUUUGAAUAAAACAUGCAAAUGUAAACAAUUU